AUGCCAACUUUGGCAAAUGUGAUAUUGGACAGCGGUGCGGACGCCAGUAUUCUGCCUGUGCAUAUGGCCCAGGGGCAUCCGAUGAAGGUGCAGGGCCGGCGACUUGUGGACUUGGCUUUUGGAAGCGAGAGGAAGAGAUGGCAAAGGCGUCUGAAGGGCUUCGGCAACGCUCUUCAGGAAGCCGACAAAGCGGCAGUGGUGGAAGCCUCAGAAAAACAGAUUGAGCUUGAGGUGGAGGAGCCCCCUCUGAAUGACAAAGUGGUGGAGGAACACGCGAAAGCAGGUGCUGAUGUGCCAGCAGUUCCGCGAGAUCCAGAUGAGAUUGAGAUAGAUCAAGAUGGUGAACUAUUGAAUGCUGCAUGCUCGUUGAGGGCACUACGGACGGCGUGUGAGAAGUGGCGCUUGCCGAAAUCAGGUGGAAAGCAGGUGAUUCUGAAGAGGCUGUGGCAGCAUCAGCAGAGUCACAAACUGGUGGAGGAUCACAAGGUGGUCAUCAACGAGGAGAAGUUGGCCAAACAUGAGGCCAAAGAGGUUGUGCCAGUUGUGGCGCCCAGCAAAACGGAGCAGGCGGUUCCCACUCCGGCCAAGGGUGGACUGGCCACGGAGAUGCUAGCAGCAGCAGUGGUUCGGUUCAUGGCCUUUUUGGGUUACAGCAAUUGCAUCUUGAAGUGUGACAAUGAGGCGAAUGGGCAAGUGGAGCAAGCCGGACAGGCCAUUCGGUACCAGGCAUGCAUUUUGCUAUCACAGCUGGAGGAAGGGUGCAAGAUGAAGAUCCCCACUGGCGCCCCAUAUGGCAGUCGGCUGGUUCAAUUCGGAGAGUCGGUCAUGGCGCAUGUGAAGGACGCUGAAUUCCCUAUUCUCGAAGAUGGGGAGCCACUGGCAAGUCUGCUCGUCAACCCUCUGGAGCGCUUUGAUGACGAGGCGGCUUCGGACCCUGAGACUGUGAUGCCCCCGGAAGAGCCUGCGGGGCACGUGGAGAUCACGCCGAGUGCAGAGGUGAGUGAUGUUCGUGACGCUGACAUGCCUUCAGUGGCGGAGAAGCGCAUGACAGAGCAGCACCCAGGUACUCAUCAGCCAGCAUUGCUGGACCAUGAGGUCACUCUGCAAGAUGAGAUGCAGCAGAUGUACACUUCAGAGAAAGCCGCAGACAGACUGGUGGCAAAGAACCGGAGAUGUCAGUGGAAGAACUGGCAGAACUGGAUGAACUGGCCAAAGAGGAAGAGCUGGCCAGGCAGCGACAUCGGCAGCAAGGUAUUUGUCCACGAAAUUCGUGUGCAGCUGGAGGUACAAGUUGCGGAAUGGGCAAGAUAUCUGGUCAAUGUGCGGUAUGAUGGCCUCUCUUUUGAAGUGCCACAGGAUGGGCAGGGCAUCAUCUCGCAAAGCAGUGAACACCGCUAUGUGCUGGAGGACGAGUACGAUACCUUUGAGGAGAAGGAGAAAGCCAAGCAGCUGAUCAGGCAGAUCCGAGCUGAGAUUGGCGCGAGACCUGAGUUUCAGGCCACAGGAAGCACAACUACAACGAAUCUGGCUAAGCGGAUCUUUGCCGCGGGCAUGAUGAGAUUGCUCGUUCAGGCAGGCGACGCUUCGAAGCUGGAUGAGGAUGUGGACGCCUUGGGCCGGCGCGGAGUUGAGCCCAAUAGCAGUGACAACGGAGAUCGGAGUGCAGUUCACUUGGAGUGGACAACCCAGGACACCUUGGAGGUGAUCGCAACCCUGUACGAGAUGGAGACAGUCCAAAGCAUUGCAGAAGACUACCAUUUUGGAGUCUGA